GGUUUAUCAUGGCCAGUGGGGCCAAAUAGCUCUGCAUUAUGUGGCAGGCCUCACCCCCCACCCCAGCCCCUGCAUUUUCUUGUGGCCCUUCAGCAUCCCAGGCUGCAGAGGGAGGCUCCGCAUGCCAGAUACAGCCCACAGGCCAUAUGUUUGGCACCCCUGGUUUAAGUCAUUACAUUAAGUGUGGUGAUAUUUGUGUCACUUGUGAAAAUGGCCAGAAGUUUCAUGUUCUUCUGUAGCAGAAAGCCCCCUUUUCCUCUUGCCUGCAUUUGCUCUCCCCUCUUUAAAUAUGUUUUUCCUCUUCUACCUUUUCUUCCUUCCUCUUUCUUUCACUUUAAGAUAAGGAAUUGUGUUUUAAACUUUGUGUGUGCGCAUUUUGUAUCUCCCUGUGUAUUUUGGUAUUUUUAUCUAUUUGUGCGCCAUGGCAUUUGUAGCUUAUAUUUUAUACGCCUCACCUUUCAACUUUCAACUAUAAAUGUGUUUAGUAACAAUGUUAACAAGGGCAGGAGUUCAACUGCCACUUCCCUGUAUCAGGCUGGCCCCUGAAAGAACGAGUGAAUCAGUGAUUGAAUAUGUAACACUAUAGCAGCAGGCAGCGAUUAACACCUAAGGAAACUGCAGAUCAACCAACGGAAGAACUCAAUAGAAGACAAUGUAACAACCAGGAAAUCUCUAAAUGGCAUUGAUCAAGGGCUAGAAGCCCUGGCCUGAGUUAAUCAAUGCCGGGGACCAACUUUUGGGCUGAAUAUCUCCAGAUCAACCGCUCCCAGAGCCCUAUUCAAAAUUCAUCAAUGGACUCCCAAACCUGCACGUACAUGUGGACAACCCCUGGGCCUGACAGAUGCCAUCCAGUAGCCACCGAGGGGGGGGAAGUCCCACGAGGGUCAACGACCCCUGGAUUGGGCAAACCUGAAAACUGGGGAGUCACCAAAGUCUGCCAAGGAUAGAUAAAAAGCAGUGAAAAGUGACCCUCAGCGGCACCCUCUUGAUCUCCAACUUGACCAGCACCCGACCUGUCCAGCCAGAAGGACCAGCCGGCGACCCCCUUCUGGAAGAUAACACCACGCUGAAAGAAGCCUCAACAGCAGACUCCAGUGCCUGUGGGAUAGGUAUACCUGACUCUUGUAGCUUGCUACUGUGUGUGUGUGUGUGUGUGUGUGUGUGUGUGUGUGUGUGUGUGUGUGUGGGGACCAGCCCCACGGUUUAUGAUUUAACUCAUUACAGUGUUUCAAUCUGCCUAAUAAACCAGAAUUUUAAGGAUCCUGAGUUGGACAUUUGUAGCCAACACUUCAAUCUCAUCCUGGGGUCUCUGGGGCUAAAUAAGUUUCCUUGCUAAAUGAGUAACAGCUGUUUAGCUCUCUCUGCCCUUGUUUCCUUUGGUAAUAUUCCUUUGUUAAAAGAAAUAGGUGCUCUGUACUCAAAUACCAAAGGAAAGGAGUAGAUUAUUUCUCCUCCUCUCACUCCUAGUUUGCUCAGUUACUAUCGGAGUCCUUUGCUUGGGGGGGGGGGGUGUACAUGCGUAAACUGCCUGGAAAGAGGUCAGAAAGAACCAAAACUCAGUUGUUGGUUUGACUUUGUGUCUGGAUGACAUUUGGCUGCUUAAAUAAGGAUUUUAUCUUUGAACCUGGCAAAGUAGCUUUUGUUUCUGUAGUGCGUGUUUAAGCUGUCAUGAAAAUCAGUUUGAAAAGCAAAUGUAUUGACUCCAUGCUAUUGUAGAGGAAGAAAGAAGUCUUAAGAAAAGGCUACUGAUUUAUAGACUGUAAGGCUGAAAGGGACCUCAUAAGAUCAUUGAGUUCAACCUCCUGCACCAGAAAGGAAAGAUAACUGGGGUCAGGUGACCUUAGCAAGCUUCUGUUGACCUGACCCAAAAGUAUGCUGCGUGUGUUUCCACGACAAUUCCUGGUGCCGUGACUCGGAUCCAGAACACAGGCUGAGGAAGGAGGACCGCAGACUGCCCCCCCCAAGCCCCGAGGCGCCAAACUUGAGAGGUCCAAGAAGCCUUACCUCAACCACCGGAUGUUCCCUGUCACAACCUCGAACCAGGGGAUUGGAUCUACGUAAAGGUCUAUCAACGAAAAAACGCACUUCAACCCAGAUGAAAAGGACCUUUCCAGGUACUUCUGACCACUAAUUCUGCUGUUCGUUGCCAAGGUCACCAAACGUGGACUCACGCCUCGCACUGCAAGAAGGUAUCACCUCCAUUGGACCCCGAAGCAGCUGUAUUCCAACCAAGGUUGGGAUCUUUCCCUGAGGCCAAGGACAAAGACCCUCAGGACCUCACUCAGGCAAGUGAGGAACAUCAGAGUGCAAGUGCUAGUAACCUCUCCCCUGAACCCAACACCUCAGCCCAGCUGGAUUCCUCAGUUGAAGAACGAAGAUAUCAUCUUCGGCCUCGAAGAAAGUGAAUGCUCCCAUUCGGAAGAUCACCACCUCGAUCAAGACCAAGAGCCGACAUUAUCAGUCCUUUAGAUAACUUGAGCCCAGAGGAUGAAGAAAGACUUUGGCUGCCAUCCUGGGUUUGGCUGGUAGUGUUCUUUUUCUUACUGGUGCUGAUUAUGUUUGUUGUUAAGAUUCUUUGUCCCUCCUGUAUCUAAAAAUGACACUGAUAUCCUUAUAUAUCACACUUGGGUAUCUCAGUAUCACCCAAGGGGGGUGGGAGAAAAGUUUGUAUUUGCAGAUCUCCCGUACGGUGGCUCAAGCUGGAAAUAAAAGCGACUGCUGGAUAUGCUCUCACAGCCCAGCACACCUACACCAAGGAAUCCCAAUGAUCGGAGUACCAAUAUCCCUCCAGCAAUGGGGAACAAUAAAUGGCGGCUUCGUUAGACACUACUCGUUAGCUGCCCGUCGGUCCGAUCCUAAAGAAUGGAGGGCCACCCCUGCUAACUGGAUAAUCUCCCCAAGAGUAGAGGCGCCUUUCUGUUACAGAUCCAACAACACCGGAGCUUAUAAUAAAGCCAUACCUGUAAGACACUACUCUCAUUGCCUAACUACUCUAGAUUAUAGCCCUAGUAGCACCAGUGAAAUCCUGUUGGGUAACGUACCCUCUCUCAAUUGUACAGGAUUCAUGGUCUACAACUUUUCUAAGGAACCUCAUGUUGCUCUCAUUGCAAACAGAUCGAAAUUUUACAUUGACUCCAAUUUUACUUCUUAUAAUAUAUCUCGGUCCAGCAGGAUAACAGCUGAACGUGGUCCGUCCUAUACGAUGCAUAUCAAUCGAAAGUGCCAAAUAUGGCACAACACCUGUCGAGAUUUGAGUACCCUUUCUGCCCCAGGCCUUUACUGGCUCUGCGGAAACAGGGCUCAUAAAAUCUUGCCCUGGAAUUGGGUGGGGGCAUGCACUCUUGGACGUGUUAUCCCUGGUUUCGAAAUGCAUAGUGCAAUAUAUCUGGAACAAGUAAAAAAUUUCAACCAUCACAUGAAAAGGGCGGUUAACCCCUUAGCUACCAGAAACACAGGGUUCCAUCGAUUUAUAAAAACCUUCAUACCGUGGCUUGGAAUAAGAGAAUUGGAACUAGCCAUAAUUAACAUUUCAGCCACAAUAAAAGCUAUGGGAAAUGCCACUGCAGAUACAAUUCAGGCUCUGCAAGAAGAGAUCUCCCAGAUCUCACAAGUAACUAUACAACACCGCAUAGCCCUAGAUUACCUAUUGGUAUCCCAGGGAGGAGUAUGUGCCUUAAUAAACUCCACCUGUUGUGUCUAUGUCAAUCAGGACAUGCGAAUCGAAACUAACAUUCGCAAAAUCCGAAAUCAGUUAAGGUUGUUACAUCAAGUGGCCUCAGAAAAUACUGACUGGGGUCUAAAAAAAAUGUGGUCUUGGCUAACCUCCUGGCUCCCAGAUUUCGGGGCCCUUGGCAAGAAAAUCCUGUAUGGAAUAUUGUUUGUCUUGAUAGUUCUGAUAAUGUUUUAUGUCUUAGUGCAACUGAUCCUCUGCUGCGUGAAAGCCAACAGGAGAAGCUUUAGCAAGGCAAAAAAACCCACAGCAGAGUCUAGAAUAAUGGUGUUACAAAAGUGUGAGCAGAUUAAAAAAAAACAUAAAAGGCUACAUGAUAAAAUAGAGGGGCUCAUGAGAAUGGAAGUUUAAGGCUAAAGUGAGACUAAAUAGUCUCAAAGGGGGGGGCUGUGGAAUCAGAAAAAAUAUAUGCCUUAAACUUUGAUUAUUUUAGUUAUAAGAUGACAUAACCGCUUUGUGGAGAAUUGCUGGCUCUGUACAGUAGAACAGAUAAGGGCAAGUGUUUGUUCUUUGUAACUCCUCUGCAACUGCUUUGCUCACCGUGGCCUUGAAGGUAGCAAAAAAGUAUGUACAAAUUUGAUUUCCAGGUGCAAGAAGGAGGUUUGUGAACUAACCUCGCCUCCCCCAUUAGUUCCCAUCCUGAUUACAGCAAAGAAAUAAUGAAGUAAUAUUAUAGCCGCUUUUCAUGCUAAUUUCACUAUAUGAUCACGUGAGUUGUAAGCAACUGUUAAAAAAUAUGUAAGCCUCCUGAUUUUGCUCUUGGGGGGGGACCCGUUCCAAGUGCUUGGGAAAUCCAUGUCACUUUGGAAUCCCCCCUACAGCUGUAGUUUCUUUUAAAUAAAAGCUUCUGUUGACCUGACCCAAAA